CCAAGCUACCCAGCUUCAAAGCCAAAACUAGAGAAUAGCACAAAAGGGGGAGAGCUUUUUUCUGCUCUCACUUCUCCAAAAUGGCUGCUUCUUCUUCUACAGCACUAAUGGCUCUCUGUUCUUCGUUAACCACUCAAUGCAAAAUCUCCAAAAGCCAAAACCCUCCUCUCUCCAAAACCCUUUGUCUCUCUAAACCCAAUUUUGGGUCUUUCUCAAACACCACUAAGAAGCUCUCCUCUCCUCUUAUUUUCUCUAAAAGACCUACAUUUUUUGCCAGGCCCAAAGUCUCUGAAUCUGAAGCUCCUGUUGUUGAAGCAGAGACUGAAGUACCUGUGUCAGAGGCUAACCCUGAGCCUGCUGCCACGCAGAUUGUUGAGGUUGCUAAGGAAGAGCCAACUAAGCGUGAGGAGAUUUUUGCUGUUGUUAUGGUAGGAUCUCGCCAGUAUAUUGUUAUACCAGGGCGAUGGCUCUAUGUUCAGAGGCUAAAAGGUGCAAAUGUCAAUGACAAGAUAGUUUUGAAUAAGGUGUUACUUGUGGGAACAAGAACAAGUGCCUAUAUUGGAAAACCAGUGGUGACUAAUGCUUCUGUUCAUGCCGUAGUUGAAGAGCAGGGAUUAGAUGCUAAAAAGAUUGUCUUCAAAUAUAAGAGGAAGAAGAACUAUAGGAGAAAUAUUGGUCAUCGACAGCCAAAUACUCGGAUAAGGAUAACAGGCAUCACUGGCUAUCAAGACUUCCCAGUAUCUACUCUUGAUUCAUAAGAUUUCCCGCGGAGUUUUGGAUGAAUGCUUGAAGUUCAGCUCUUGAUACUUUGUGAAGUUGCUCUUUUACUUUUGGUGUUGUUGUAAUUCCCCUUAAAGGGCAAUGAUGUUGAAUUAUGAGAAUCGAUUUUGCAUAAAUGAAUUAUUUGCAGUA